UCCCAUCUUUUUUCUGAUAGAUGAGAGAGAACACACCAGUCGCUCAACUGUAGAAGCUGUUCAGGUAGAGAAAGAAGUGAACUUUAGUUACUUAUAAUCAGCCAUGAAAGCCUCCCAUCAGCAACAUAUAAUUGGAGUCCCAAUUAGCUCAGCAGGAUUCCUAAUUGAGAGGUCACUAAAGGGACAGUGCUUACCUGAUCCUUCUGGCCAGCACAAUCUACCACCUCCUAAAAAAGGGUCUUCUACAUGCAAACAAAGUGGAGUAGGUUCAGCUUUAAGUAGGAUAAACAAGCUUGGGGAAAAUGCAGACAGGUUUACGCAUGGCGUCAGAGAGCAUGUGAGACUGGCGCCCAAGAUCACCGAAACUUUGAAGGGAAAACUGAGCUUGGGGGCUAGAAUUCUUCGAGUAGGUGGCGUGGAGAAAGUCUUCAAGCAGUUAUUUGAUGUUAGAGAAGGAGAGAAGCUGCUGAAGGCUUCUCAAUGCUACUUGUCAACCACAGCUGGCCCUAUAGCAGGCCUCCUCUUCAUCUCCACAGACAAGGCUGCUUUUUGCAGUGAGAAAGCCAUUAAAUUCUCCACUCCAGGUGGAGAAUUAACUAGAAUAUAUUACAAGGUCUUGAUCCCAGUACGAAAGAUAAAAAGAGUCGACCAAAGUGAAAAUUUGAAGAAGCCUUCGCAGAAGUACAUAGAUAUAGUUACCACUGAUAAUUUUGAGUUUUGGUUUAUGGGUUUCAUUCAUCAUCAGAGAGCAUUCAAGUAUAUUUGUUACCGUAUACAAUUAAUUAGAUGCUGUAUAGAUUGCUAUUAG